AUGACAAGCGUGUUGCCACCGCUCAAAGAAGAAAUAAAUCCACCAGCAAUGCCCAGCGUUGCGGAAAAAAAGAAAGCCGCGUCCCCGCUGUCGACAUGGGGAGGCGUCCAGACCAUGAUCACCUCAUAUAGUAUGGACUAUGGAAAGAAAGAUGGCACGCCUUCCGAGAAGCGACCAUGCUCAGCAACGAGGAGAAAUCGUCCACAUCCAUCUAAGGUGAUCAUCUAUUUGGUUCCACGUAAGCGCCGCAGUCGUAGAGACGGGCGUUUUUCAUCGACAUGUUUUCCUUGACAACUUUUGUUUCGGCUCGUGUGUAGGGCAAAAAAAAGACUUUUCUUUGCCAACUGGAGCCGUGUUCCAAAGCUUUAUAGUCUAGUCUAGUCUAUAGCUCUAGCUUUUGGACAAGGAAAAUUUGUUUGUGUGUACGGCCGCCAAGGGAAACUUGACAGGUGUACUGGAAAUACCUGACGCACGGUUUUGGCAAACAAAAGGCAGCUUUGACGUGAGAUAAAUCGCUUUGACAACAUUCCGUGCAUACGAGCAACAAAACGUUUCAAGGGAAACUUGUCAAGGAAAACUUGUUGACCGUACACACGAGAAGGUAAACUUGUCAAGAAAAGAAAAAUUUGAGGCAGCAUACGCAUAAGUAUAUGACACCACACUGCAUUUUGACUUCAAAUAUUGAGUAAGAUCACUAUAGCUCAAGGUAAUAGCAACUUUACUUGUUUCCUUGAGUGAAGUAAAUAUUUACUAAUUGAAUACGUUUGCACUAUUUUAAUACAAAAUACUCACAGGGAUUUUUUGAAGUGCGGGGCGGAAAUGUUAGUUUUUGUCGCUUAUACUUCUCCUAUGGGCGCUUUCCAUUUAAUGGCCUGACUGCAUGGUCAGACCCGAAUUCUUUUCUCUGUAUCAAUGGAAAGAUCUGGUCUAUGUUUCUCAAAUAUCUAGCGGAAAUGGACCUCAUUCUAAUGUUAUCUCAAUUUUCCGGUCAGAUAGGUCCGAAGCCCAAACUUUUUGUGUUCCAUUCAACAACUUGACCGGUCUGGCCGUGUUAAUGGAAAGCGCCCUAUGUAAACCUUGUUCAAAAAUUCAGAUAUUCCAAAAAAAGGUGAAAGGUGGACCCGCUCAGAUGAAAAGUUGUGUGUCACCAGCCAUGUCAAUCCGGAAGUCUUAUUUAUUUGUCUGUUUUUUUCCACACUCAAUAAUUCUAUAAACAUCGUUUUUUAGUUUUUUAUGAACUGGAGAGUUCCAUCGAAACCUAUACUUAACAAUAGAACUUCGUUCGAGCCCUACGCCGCUGAAUACAGUAACAUCUUGCAGAAUUUUAGUGAGGAAUACAGGGGUAAAGAUGAUCCUAGGCCAAGUAAGUAAAAAAAAAGGAAAGGCUUGGAAUGGAAUAAAAUAGUACAGUGUGGUGUAGAACAGUGCAGUGCAAUGCAAUUUCAAAGUACAAUGACUACAGUGCAGUAUAGGAAAGUGCAGUGCAGCUUAGUACGGAACAAUGCAAUAAAAACAAGCCAACAUACCACAACACAACGUAGCUCAACACAAUACAAUACAACACAACGCGAGUUAUCACAACACAACACAACACAACACAACAAACACAACACAACAUAACAAGCAACACAACACAACGCGAGUUAACAUAACAUAACAUAACAUAACACAACACAACACAACACAACACAACACGAAACACACAACACAACACAACACAACACAACACAACACCACAAACCCAACACAACGCAACACAACACAACACAACACAACACAACACAACACAACACAACACAAUACAACACAACACAACGCAACGCAACGCAACACAACGCAAUGUAGUUUUGCACAUAUUUUAUCAAAGUCAAAUGUACACACAGUGUAAAACAAACCUAGACCUGAAUAAUACUUAUUGCAAACAGUUCUAUUCUUUGUUAAUAUGUUUUUAUGAUGUUAGACAUAUGUAAUCCAAGAACAAAUUACUUUUACGACCCAACGUUUCAACACUCCAAUCUAGUAUCAACACUCUGCCCAGUGUUUUCAUCAGAGACGAGCUGGAGUCGCAACUUGAUGACUCCUUUUGUACUACUCGAGCGAUGAUCUCAUCGACUAGACGACUACUGGUGAAAAUAUUCUUGUAAUCAGAGACAGAUAUCCGUGUUAUUGCAUUCAAAACAAAAUGAUUCUUGUUCAAGUGCAAGACUACCAAGUUACAAUUAUGAAUACACAUGCAAAUAACAGUAUCAUCGCUUUGUUUGCCGAUGAUGUUUUUUCGAGUAUAUAUAGUUUAACUAACCUAAGCUGGGCAAAGUAAUGCAUAAUUAUUCUUUUGACAUAACAAAGAAACUAUUGAACGAAAAUGUUGAACAGAAAUCAGCCAAAAAAAUUUGACUUUGCCGUUUGCUUUAUCCUUAUAUUAAGGAGGACCUUAGCCCUUAGAUCAUCCCCCAAUGAAGACAUUAGACUGAAGUGUACAAACGUCAUUGAGAUAUAAACGUGUUUACUCGGAGAUUACAUUCGUUUACUUAAAAUAUAAGUAGCAAAAUAUGCCUAAUGUUUAUCAUUGUUUAACGUUGCCUUUCGUUUGCAGUGCGAAAACGUUCACCGUCAAAUAUUUGCAGAGAUAUUAAUGAAGACGAGACACUCAAACUUAUUGAAAGAUUGAAGGUAAACAAGUCAUUUGCUUCUGUCUGAAAGUCCUUGACUUGAUUUAUGAAUUGUAUUGUUUAGAGUCUAGAGAAAGGGCUUAGCCUUAGAAUUUAAACAUUUUUAGAUUUCUGGAAAGCCAGAAGAAUCAUUUCAAUUGCCAUUGCCUCAUUUAAAUCCUGAAGCGAUUUCCUUAGUUGCCAAUUUGCUGAAAAAAGCCACACCGCAAGGUAAGUUAGGAAUAUAUUCUGUCGUGGCCUGAACUACCUGAGUUUGUUACCCUUUGUAAUAAUCUUCUGAGGAAGAGUCUUACUGGCGUUGUUUCAUUUCCUCCUGUAAUGGCACCAGUAAGGGAUAAUCCUUAUUGCAUUGACCUCUAGGAAGAACAGCUCAGAGCUGAUAGAGCUAUUAACCAAUAUAAAUCAACUUUGCUUAGAUUUCCACCCUUAGCCGACACUGGACUGCGCUAUAAGUACCAGAAUUCUAGGGAAAACCUAAAUGGACUCACGGCUCUAUUUUAGGUUUCCCCCUUUAGCAAUACUUGAUCAAAAGUGGGGGAUGGUUUAGAACUGAAAUGGCAUACAACAUAAAAACUUCCUAUGUUUUUAACUUUCAGAGCAAGAAGAGUUAGAAAGAGUUUUUGCACUUGGCGCAGCCCGAGAUAAAGAUUGCCAAGAUUUUGUGAGUAAAAUAUUUUGUGGAACGGAAAUGGAAUGCAUGAUGUACAUUGUUAUAUACUUAUAGUGUAUUUAGUCUUCAUCUUAUGAGAGCAUUUAGGCACCGAUCAUUAUUUAUGACGAGGGGUGGGGGGCACCGAAGAAAAAUGUUUUUCGUGGCAAAAAUUUUGUUGACCCAACCAUUAAAAAGUCAAGAAUUUGAUUACCCAAAAUAUAAAUACACAUUCAUUUGUCACACAUGUCCUUUACCACUUCUGUGACACGAGUUUGAUAAUGGCUUGUGAAAUUUUCUGCAGUCUUAAAGUUUCAUGUUGUCUGCACAUGUACUUUCCUUGGAGACACCAUUUGUCUCCCAACAAUCGGAAAAUGAUCAAGAUAGUUACUCUAAUUGAUUCACAUAUUGUAUUGACAAUUAAUGACUGUUGACAUUGCUUUUCAAUCUCCAAUAUUUCUGUGAGUCAGGCUUUGGAAAGACAAUAAAUUUUUAUUACCCAACCCUUGAGCUUUUUUUUGUUUUUCAUUUACCAACUUACUGUUUUUCAUUUACUUGCUCAAAAGUUUGUUUACCCAACCCUUUUUUCUUCGGUGCCACCCCCCCCCAUAAAUAUUGACCGGUCCCUUAUGAUUGAAUAUCUUUUCACAUAACGGUAACUAUUUUUUGCAGCCUUCUUAUAGUUUCAUCUCUCCCGAAGCAAUUAGAGUACUUGAACAAGUUUUACAGAGAGCUGGCAUUACAGGUAUCACACGCAGGGAAUUUCUUUACUUUAUGCUCUCUGAAUAGACACGAGUCAUAAGGUGGCUGCCAAAGGCCUUUGAAAGCAUUCGGCUCAAUCAGAUUGAGCUGUGUCCUUCGCAAUAGACAAUUCCCAUUAGACUAAUUUUUUAUCUUGGUAAAAAGUAUAUUCCCGGAAAGAGUAUACUAAAAUGAGUAAAAUUGCAAAGUUUGCAUGGUUGCAAAUUAGGGCCAUUUAUACGGAACAAAAUAAGACGCGACUUACAUAAGACGCGACUUAAGUAAGACGCGAGUUUGUCGUAUAAAAGGUACAAAAUUCUUAUGUAAGACGCGUCUUGGAUAAGACGCGUCUUACAUAAGAACAGGUCUUUUAGCUGUUCUUAUUUAAGUCGCGUCUUAAAUAAGAAAUUUUGGACAAAAAGUCUAACUACACAUGCCAGAAACUUGAAACAACGUAAAAUUUAAUGCCUUACAUAUUAAAACAAGAAUAACCAAAACAACAUUAUAGCUAUAGCAAAUAAAUAAGACCAAAGCCGUAGAGAACCAUUUAUGCGAUAACUCCACUUAUUUAAGUCGCGUCUUAUGUAAGUCGCAACUUAUUUUGUCACGUAUAUAAAUGGCCCUAAUGUUGUAAAAUGCGGAAGCCUUGCAAAGUUCGCAAAUUUUAUACAUUUGGGCCGAAAAUGAUAGCAAUUUCCGCACGCAAUACAAAAGUGUACAAAAUUUGCAAACUUUGCAAGGCUAUAUUUUCCGCAUUUUACAACAUUUCGCAAUCAAACUUUGCAAUUUUACUCAUUUUAGUAUGCUCUUUUUAGCUAUGCAUGGUGAUUUAUUUGCAUCUCCUUGCUAGUUUUAAAAUUAGUCUACAAUGGGAAUUGUCUAUUCAGCUUAGCUCUCAGCUGCAAGUAAGGAUGAUUUAUUAGAGAGGUUAAGAUACCCCGAUUCCGGUUUACGGGUACGGGUGAUAUACACGCACCCGUACCCGUAAAUCGGGGAAUAACUUGUAACUUAAGAAAUCCAAGAUACUCCGGCGUGAGAAAACCGAUCAGAGAAUGGCAACUUUCGCUGUUGAGGUUCGCCAUAAAUUGUUGAAAACUUUGACCAGCAUAUGUGCAUUAUUUAUUUGGGUAAGAUGUUGAAAAUUUGUACUAUUUAAACGGCCCAUGUAUAGUAAACAGAAAAGACCCGUACCCGUUUGUCGUUUACGUGUAGACCAUGGUUUACCGCGGGGAAACGAGUAGAAAUUACGGGUACAAUUGCUGACAUCAGCAAUAAUUGGUAAACAAAAUGGCGAUACUCGUACCCGUAAACCGGAGCAAUAUCGUAUUGGAACCGGGGUAUCUUAACCUCUCUAUUUAGCACACCUGGCUCACUUGUGUGCUUACUCAUACUUACUGACUUUCUAAAACAAAUCUUAAGUUAGUUUCUUAUUCAUUUUCAGAUAACGACUCUGCCAUCCGUUUUCUCUUAUCAAUUGGUCAGGUCAUAAUGUCUAUUUCAAAUUCGAAUAUUCCAAUCCACCGUCCCAGGCCUCCGACAGGAGAAAGAGAGCGCAAGCACACAUUACGUUCGGCCCCAAUCUACUCGCCAAAUUUUCUCACACCAAAACACAAAGAUGGAAUUUGUGCGUUGUGCUGUAAAGCGAGUUUGAACAAUGAACUCAAAGACAUUACAGAGUAAGUAUACGGAUUAGACAACAAUCAGUUCAUUAAAUUAGUUUUUUGUGGUUUCGCAUGGCGAUAAAAGUUUAAUUAACCUUUAAGUGGCAAUGCACCCUGAUGCACCCUAUUUUAGUCUUUUACUCUGUCUAAAGGCCGUGUUACACGGUGCAAUUUUUCUUGCAACUUGCAAUGCAAUUCUACUCUUGAGAGAUGUUAAUUAGUGAAAUCUGUGAAGAAUUUUCGAUAUUUACAUCUCUCAAGAGUAGAAUUGCAUUGCAAGUUGCAAGAAAAAUUGCACCGUGUAACAUGGCCUUAACGCCAGACGAUUUUACUAUUUUUUUUUACAAAUCAAUAUUCCUGCGUAAUACUAAGCGUGAUACUCGACGUAAAGCGUAUUUUAUCAUAUCAACAUGAAGUAAAUUUGCGCUAUAGAAUUCUUCGUCUUUUAAAAUCUUAAUCUUUUUAUUGCAGGAAAAAAGUUCUUGACACUAACAAGUCAAGUCGUUCCUACUUAGAGAAUGUUCCUCGCUUGCCGAAGAUUCGUGCUCCAAAGCGCUCCAUGUUUCUUCGUCCGAGCAAACCUAACUAUCCUAAAGUCGAGAACAAGUUUGCGACAUUUGUGUUACCACAUCGUCCUAUUCCGCGUUCGUUCACCAUACAUCCGGAAUGGGACUAACGCAUUUACCAUGCGAAAAGUACCAUACGAUUGAAAUACAGAUAUACUUAUAGAGUGGUGUGUUUUCUACAAAAAGACAUUUUGUGUGGGAUUUCUGGACAUCAUUCUUGUGUUUUACGUUCAAUAAUGCUUCUUUUUAAUGAAAACAAUGUAGAUACAGUAGCCUUUUUAUGAACUGGACUUUUUGUUAAAAAUGUAAUAUUUGAAUAACGGAGUGAACAAUAAAAUUGGUUG